AUGGGUAUAUCAGUGAGUAGAUACUCAGACAUUACAAAUAAUGAAUUGGUUACAAAGUUUUGUUCAACAGAAGUAAUUUGCCCUAAUGAUCCAUUUUGGAAUCAGCUUUUGGCUUUUAACAUACAGUUGCCGGCAAAUGUUGAUGAACAAUUAAUAUUUGAUUCAAAUACGGAGUCUUUACUGCAGAAUUUUUUACAAAAUAAUCCAGCAACUGGCAACCUUGGGUCUUUAGUACAAGUGUUUAUAACACGGGCAACGGAAUUGUUAGCAGCACCAAAUACUGAUAACCUUAUGCUGGCAUGGCAAAGUUACAAUGCGAUAUUUUUCAUCCGAGCUGUGACUAAAUAUUUGGUUGAAAUGGUUCCUGAGUAUGAUUUGUGCAAGCAUUUAGAUGUUCAGGCCAGGAAUAGUAAUCCGACGCAGGAUCAGGAGGAUGAUAAAUUACCAAAUGGGGAGAGUCGGGUCGAGAUGUUGAUUGAUGCAUUGAUAAGUCUUAUCAUUGAUGUGCCCGUGACUGACAAUACAUACCAUUUACACUUGGAAAGUAUAAAUACGCUGCUAGUUCUUAUGUCUGUUUAUAUGUUCGCGGGUAUACACGGACAGACGAGAUUGGUUGAGACAUCGCUUAUAUUCAGAACACUAUUUCAAGGCAGAUAUACCAUGCAAGCGCCACUUUUAAUUAAAAUUCUAUUAAAUAAUUUAUCGAAUAUGGCGCCUGCGCCAGCGCAGUUCGGAUCACAAGGACCGGGGAGUCUCUUCAUUAAUAUCGCUUCAUCUUUAUGGAGUAUGUUGACGUUAUCAUCAACACAGACAAUAUACACAGAACCACCAUCGGAGAGGCGAGAAUUGCAUGAGCGCUUGAUUCGGGAACAUCCUCUCGCCAAUCAGUCUUGCCUUUUAUUACUGGCUUUAUCUAAUCACCAUAUUCAUGAAGAGAAUCUGUAUAGAUGCGCUCUGCUGAGGUGUGAGGAUAGCAAUGAAACGUCCGCUACAACGCCGCGUAAAGAUAACGGACAGUUAACACCGCCAAGAAUUGAUAUGGCUGCUCUCCACAAGGCCCUUUGUGCCACAGCAGGGUGUGAACAUUCGACAUUAUUGUUAUAUUUAAUGCUACACUCAUGCAAUGCUUACAAAAGGCAUAUCACAAAUGUACCGCAUAUUGAGAAAUUGAUAAUACCAAUACUCCAAGUGCUAUAUAACGCUCCAGACAGCAAUUCCCAUCAUAUAUAUAUGUCGCUAAUCGUAUUGUUAAUUUUAACUGAAGACGAUGCAUUGAUAAAAAACAUUCACUUGGUCAUGUUAAAAAACCUACCGUGGUACACCGAAAGAUCGAUUUCGGAGAUUUCUUUAGGUGGUUUGAUGGUGUUGGUGGUUGUUCGGGCGUUGCAAUACAAUAUGGCGCGGGUUAGGGACAAAUAUUUGCACACGAAUUGUCUGGCUGCGAUUGCUAAUAUGAGCUGUGAAUUCAGAAACCUACACCCAUAUGUAGCGCAGCGAUUAAUAUCAUUAUUUGAAACGUUAAGCAAAAGAAGAGCCAGACUGUGUAGUGAAAUCGAAGGUGGGGACAUUAAUAGUAUAGAGUUACCACAUCACGCUGAAGAUAAGACUGAAGAAAUUAUGGAGCACAUUGCGGUGUUGGACGAAGUGCUGAGAAUGUUGUUGGAAAUUGUCAAUUCGUGUCUAACACAUCAGCUCUGCAAUAAUUUAAAUUUGGUCUACGCGCUGUUGCAUAAAAAGCAGCUGUUUCAGCAGCACUCGCAUCAUAACAUCGCACAGAACAUCGAAAUGGUAAUAGGUUAUUUCUCAACCCGCCUCCAACGGGUACAAGAAGGAGCUGGCGGUGAGUUGGGAGUGACAGAAGUAUUGCAAUGCAUCAAAAAGGGUGCGGAGCAGUGGUCAAGUGACAGAUUAAAGAAAUUUCCUGACCUAAAGUUCCGUUAUGUUGAAGAAGACAAGCCUGAAGAGUUCUUCAGCCCGUAUGUGUGGUCACUUAUAAGUUCUUGUGGGAAUAUCUAUUGGGCAAGUGAAUGUGCAGCACGGGCCUCUGAUAGAUUGUUGGCCUGA